ACUCAACUUGAAAGAAUUGACAGCCUUGUUUAAUGAAAUGACAACCCGUCAAUCUUUGAAUAAGAAAGCUGAGCAGAGCAGCAUCAAGACUGAGAUUGAACAGCCGGAGUGCUCCACUGUGGAACAAGUGACAUCCGGUUCCAGCAGCUUCACUAGGGAGCUUAUAUUAGAAGAAGUCCUGAUGAAGCUUGUCAAGAAGAUAUGCCGUAUGCCAAAAAGGACCAACAAACAUCAGCGCAUCCAGAUCAGUGAUCUGGUGACUGAGCUGAUCCGAUUGUUCGAUGAUGAGGUGGCCAAAUAUCUGAUUGAGGAAAUGGAAAGCCAGCAAAAAAGUUUCACUUCUAAGAUGACAUCGAAGCUGGCAGAUGCCAUCUACACUGACCUUGGGAAGGUCAAGCGUUUGAAACGCUCCUUGAAAAUUGACGAUUUAUUUGAGGAUCAGGAGAUGCUUUCCAUUGUCUCUGUCAUUGUUUCCCACAAGCUACUGGGCAUCUUGAAACCCUCAGUACCCAGCGAGACCUCAGACCUUGAAGACUCAUGCAGUGAUGAUGUGGAGGAUGCGGAAUCUGAGGGGGUGCAUUAUGCCACCGGCAGAAAGUCCAAGAUGAGCAUUGUCCUUAAAGACACUACAGACCAGCCAGAGAUGUACAUUGCUGUGGAUUCUCCACCUAUGAUUAAAUUAUCCAAGAUCAGGAAAGGCAUCCGGGGCUUCUUCUGGGGAGUCCAGAAGGCCUGGAAACGCUUGGUCACCUGCAAGUCCUCUGGSUCCUCUGAUGGGUAGCCUGGWUGACGUGCAGCCCAUGUCAGUUGCUUUUGCCAGGCUACAUCUGAYGAG